AUGUUCUACUAUUUAAGUUAUGAAGAGACCUUCACCAUAUCACAGCUAACACCGAAAUCAGUUCUAGCUGAAGGUUCACACAAGUUACUCCUGCAAACGAGUCAUGUAGAAAACAUAGGAUUUAAAUUAGAACCUAGUGCCAAAUAUGACGACAUCGAAGUAGAACCAGAUAAUAUAUUAAAUGAUUUGGAAACCGAGAACCAUAUCAUAGUUGAGAGAUCGGUCGAACCGAGUAGAGGUUCCAGGUCGAUUAACGACCAGGAUGUACCUUCAUCGAAUAACAACGAAAUAGACAACGAAUUAGAAAUACAUAAUAGGAGGAAGUAUUACGACAUCAUACCAACGAAAACUCUAGAUUACAUAAGAGAUGACGAGGGUAUGUUGAUGUCCUCAGGGUUUGGGGACAAAUUAGAGUUUAAGUUUCCGGGGGAAGGGAAGAGGGCUCCGAAGGGGCGUGCACUAGCUCCUACGGGGCCCAAAAUCCGGCCUACUGCGGUGCAACCACAACUGUUCUCAACAGCUACCCUUAAAGACCAGGGGCGACAGAACAGUGAGAUACAGAAUAUAAUUACCGGUAUUGUGAAGUUGUUGAAUGGGAACGUCAAUGUGCAGGCAAACACACAGUUACUAAACGGUCGUCCAAGACCUAUGGCGUCCAGAAUAAACAACCGUGGACCACCAGAUUUCGACGAACCUUUAACCCCACCACCGCUUGCUUAUCAUCCAACAAAAAUACCUCCGCCUUAUCCCUUUGAUAGACCUAUCGGGGUUAAUCUGGCGGAUCGGAUCCCGCCGAUGAGUAAUCGUCCCGGAUUUCAUAGACCCAUGCCUCCCUGGCAACGAAGACCUAGACCACCAAAUCCCAAUAGAAGACCAAACCCAAACCUUCCCGUUUAUAAACCAACACUCAUCCCUCCACCAGACAUGACAUAUAUAAACGAAAAAGAAGACGAAAGUUACAAUGAAAAUGAAUCUCAUUUUGAUAUUCCAAAUCACGAGGAUAACAUUCCCUUCAUAACACUACCGGACACUACUACCGAGAUGAGAAAUAUAACAGAGGAAAUUCCAACUACCACCGAAACUACAACAUCUACAACAGAAUCAACUACUUCUACAACAACAACUACGACAAGUACUACAACAACGACUACGACAACACCGAAAACAACAACAGAAUUGACCACCGAGAAGACUACUACAGAAAAGGUGAAAAUCGAAAAGCCGGUUAAAGCAGAUAAAGAGAAAAAGAAAGACCAGUUAAGUCCCGAUAAGUUAAAAGACAAAAUCAAAGUCAUAGAAGAUAAAUCAACAGAAAGACCUAUCAAGAAUGAUACUAUCACACAAGUGGUUAUAGAACCCUCAGUUAGUGAGAGUCCAACCCCAGUUACACAGUCUACUUCCUCUCCAACCCCUACCGAGGGGUUGAUAACCCACGCGCCAACAGUCAGCGAAUCCACGAAGAUACAAAGCAUAGAAACCUCCUCCAUCAACUCUCAGCCAUUACCAACAUCCCAAAGUAUCCCAUACAAGCCGUAUCCCAGACCAGGGAUAGUCUUAGACGACACAGACUUCAAGCCCCACAAGUCUAGACAUAGACCUGACGCGUCAGUCAUCACGGCUGAUAGACUACCAGGAUAUGGGGAAAUAUUUGACGUGACAGUCUCCGCUAUACAGGGCCCGGGAGAAAAGUCUGGACCAGUGAACAUACAGACACACGUACACCACGGGUCACAGUACGCGGACGACAUAAUAGUCUCCGCAUCUGGGCAGCAGAGCUUCGUCUCUAUAGAUGGCAAGAGAACAUACUUGAAUCUGUUCGACACUUCCAGCGUCACACCUACUAGGGUCCAGCCGGCCCCACAGACUAGUCUUCCAAAGACCCACGUCCCAUCACUAGGGACGGGUGUGGCGAUCCCAGCUGAUGAUGUACCGAUACCUGCGGCUCCUGUGAGGAGAAGACCUCAGGGACCUUAUAGAAGACCGCAGCCGACUGUACGUAUAGACACCUGCAUCGUAGGCGAUGAUUCUACCUGCGACCAGAGCCAGAACGAGAAGUGUAGGACGGAGGCUGGUGUAUCGAGCUGUCAGUGUCGCGCGGGCACGGGUCGUCGUGAGCGUCAGUCACCGUGUCGCCGCGCCGUGUCGCUGCUAGUGUCGCUGAGAGUGGAUCGACUGUACGACCGACAGAUCUCGUGGGACGACAAGUUAUCAGACAAGGAGUCGGAGCCGUACCAGCAGCUCAGCUACGAAGCUGUUAAAGCGAUCGACUCAGCGUUUUCCAUGACCCCAUUCUCUGAUGACUUCGUGAGCGGGUCAGUGAACUCCAUAGUGAAGGGGGACGCGCAGCACCCCGGGGUGUAUGUUAACUUUACUAUAUUGCUAUCAGAGACCCCGGAGACUGUCCGUCAGUCGGUGGCGGGUGACAUCCAGCAGCACCUGGUGGGUGUCAUCCGUCGACGGUCCAACAACGUGGGUGCGUCAGCCUUGUGGGUGACACCCGAGGGCAGUGUGACGCAUGUCAAGGAUGUAGACGAGUGUUCGUCUCCAGAGCUCAACGACUGUCACACACUGGCGACCUGCACCAACACCUGGGGGGCUUUUAAAUGUACGUGCCCCAAUACAACCCUCGACCCAGCUACAGUAGCCAGUCGCUCGGGUCGUGAGUGUCGCUCGUGCUCGCCCUCACACUGUAACGACCGAGGACUAUGUCAUUAUAACAACGGACAGCCGUAUUGCACAUGUUCGUCAGGUUACUACGGCUCCACGUGUGAGAUGGACGGCGAGGUCAUAGGAGUCUCCGUGGGAGCGUCUCUGGCUGCUGCACUCGUUAUAGCUAUCACACUGGCGGCAUUACUCAGCUGGAGUCGCAAGUGGUCCCGCGAGCAGAAGGCCCUAGGCGUGGGGUCUCCCGUGUUUAGUUUCAUGGCAGCUAACACCAUGAAGACCCCCCCAGUGGGUCAGCCUCCCUACCAGCUGACCUUAGAAGAUAGGAUGAGGUGGGCUACCAUCGCUGAAGCUAUGGUACAAGCCAACCAUUACGGGGGCGACCCAUCUCAAAGCAUGGCCACCCGUCCCUCAUCAGCUAUGUUCGGUUACCCCACGCUGCCUCCGGUACCGCUGCCUAGGAUGGGCAUGCACGGAGUUCACACGGGCACUCUGAAUACUGUGACGUCUCGAGCUAACAACGCCUCACACUUAUACGGCUACACAAAUCACCUGGCAUCCGAGUCUAGUUCGGAAGCUUCCAGUCACGUGCAGGAGAGAGCUGACUUACUGGUGCCCAGACCUAAGUCAAGAGCGAGGAGUAUGCAUAAUCAGACGGGCAUCUACUACGAUGUUGAAUAUGAGAACGCUGAACCAAUAUAUGGAACCAAAGGCAUCCCGCUGUCCACAUACACAGUCAGCAGGGGACCUACCUUCUACAGACAAUGA